AAUAUUUCCCAGCUUCACUGUAUUUCCAAGUUAAUUCAGGUAGUUUUUAUCUUUUCGAUGGUUUGUUUGUAGUGUAGUAAAAAGCUUCUAUUUUAUGAAAAUGGUAAAGAUGUUCUUUUAUGUAGUCUUUUGCAUAUGGAACUUGAAAAAAAUGUAUUGGAGGCUAGUUUUACUGUAUUCAUAUGCUAUACGAUGGCUUUCUAGUUGUUAUUCUUCAACGAAAUUUGCAGUGGUAUUUAUGUCACGAAGUUCACCCUGGCAUUUAAUACACUGCUCCACACGCUUCUUCCAAAAAGACAGCACCAUUUUAUUCCUCAGGUUAGUUAUUGUCUCCUUUAGAUCAGGAUUGUAAGCAACCGGAUUGUUUAAAGGCCACCAAAGUUAUUACGGCUAUCGCUCUGGUGCCAACCCUGACGACAAGAAACCUGUCACAGACAGUAAGAGUAGAAACAAAGGCAUUUACUUCAAGGACCGCUCUCACCAGCUGAGAACCGAAGCCUUCUUCUGUAGCAUUCGGUAAGGAAUCUUAAGCUUGAGGUCAAUACAUUUAGAAUAAUAUUCUUCCAUAUCUGGAACAAAUAAACAACUUCAGGCGAUGUACUAACAAAAGUAAUACUCGUUAGCAAUUAGAGAAAAGUCUUGCUAAAAAUU